AUGUCCGUCCUCUUCCUCUCUCUUCUCAUGCUAAAUUCCCAUGCCACGCUAAGCUCGACAUUUCCUCUCCAUGCCCGCGGAGCAGACAUCACCGAGGAGGAACUCGUACACGGAUAUGUCGAUGACCCAAAAGGGAGAGGGACUGUUGGAAUCAUUGUCUCCUGUCUUGUCACUCUUGCCCUUUGUGUAUGCUCCGCGUUGCAGCUCAAUGUGCCAAUGAAAAGUGAGACAAGAACUCAACGAUAUCUACGCUACACCAAGUGGAUUCUUCUGGGCACUUUCAUACCCGAAUUGGUAGUAUUGUCUGCAUGGAAACAGUGGCUAUCUGCGAAGAGCAUGAGCUCCCAGAUGAAGAAAAUCUUCGACGAAGAACUAGCUCAACAAAAGGAAGGAGGGUCAGGGGUUGACAUAUCCAGUGUUAAUAGACUUCUAGCUCUUAAACUACAACAAGCUAACAACCUUCAGGGCUAUACCACGGACAAAGCUGUUGCAGCUGCCACUGGGAAAACACGAUGGACUUUCGUUCACAGCAUGUAUGCAGGCAUGGGAGGCUUUGCUUUUGAAAUGGAUCUUCUACCUCAAGGGGACGAAGCAUUUAUCCCGAAUCGAGAUCGACUUACGCUAACAGCACCCGGAGUCCUUCUACUUGCUCGCUGUAGACUUUUGCCAGUUAUCAGCCUCAAGCAUCUCGAAGAUAAAAGCAAACGUGACGGAAUUGAAAGAUUCAUUGUUUGUGUGCAGGCAGGCUGGAUGAUCGUACAGACAAUAUCCCGCGCGUUUUCACAUCAGACCAUUACGCUGCUGGAGUUCAAUACCUUGGGCCACGUUUUCACUGCAUUGGUGAUCUAUAUCCUCUGGUGGAAUAAGCCGAGCAAUGUCAAGCAUCCAACUUUUGUCCAAGGUGACGGAAUGGAAGCACUAUGUGCCUAUUUUUAUAUGAGCAGCAGGCUGAGUGGAAGGAAAGGUUUAACGAGGGUAAAGCUACGAUCAUGGCGUAAGCCAGAACUUGCAGGAUUUGCCUGGUAUGAUACUAAGCCCACCUCAGCGACUGACGUCGAGACACCUCCACAAGCAGUGCCACAGCUUUUGCUCAGCCCAAGCGUCUUCGUUCCUGGAUGGUCGUGGUUCGAAAAUGCCAAAUCACCACGCACCCCCGGCGAACCUGACAAGAAAAGCAUAGUAGAUGAAAUCAUGGGCAGAUUGAGAGCUCGACCCGAACCAUCCGCACCACCAAAUGAUAAGUCUUCCACUGUCAUCAAACGACUAGCAACCUUCGAAACUGUCGCCGCUACGGACGACACAGCCGCCAAACUUCAAACCCGUAUCGAGCUCGCCUCCUAUGCGAUUCGUACUUUCCCCGCCGUAGCCGAGCGCUUCACCCCUCGCACCGCAAUCACCAGCACCCCAUCCUCAUCCUCCAAUACUACAACAAGAACAACGACCCAAUGGAGCGAACCAAUCCUCGAACAACUCGUCCUAACCGCCCUUGGCGACUGGCCCUCCGACCACUUCCUCCCCUCCAUCAAUGACAAACUAAUGGGCAUGGCGAUGUGGUUGGCGUCCAUGGGCUACGGCGCCGUGCACGCCGCCGCCUAG